AUGCGUCUUUUCAUCUCCUUUAAACAUCUCAUCCUUCCGGAGAAGUUCCCUCAGCCCACGCCGCUCCUGAACUAUGUGCUGCUGCCCUUCUGGCUGCAUGAGCUGUUGAUGCCUUUGUGGCCUUCUACUCUCAAGGAUAUUUACCACGCUGUUACAGAAUGGUACAGUCUGAGGGCAUUGUUGAUGUUAGGUUUGGUGGUAUCUCCUACUCACGAUGCACUCAGUCUCUCAUACAACACGUGGAGGAGAGGGUUGUUCAAUUUCCACGAUGAAGAUUACCGUUGGCAAAUUGUCCGAAACAAGAUACCCUGCUGGUUGUUCCAGAUCGUCAACCUCGUUUUUAUAGCCAUGAUCCAAAACAUCAUACUAUUCCUCCUUGGAAUCCCCAUGCAUAUCGCCAUCUUCCAGCAGCCUGCACGCCUCAGCACUUUCGACUAUGUGCUUGGAGCCCUUGCACUCAUUGACAUCGUCCUAGAAUUUGUCUCGGCCAACCAGCAAUACUUGUUUCAGAUAUACAAGCAUAUGGGCAUUCAUGAGAAGAACGAGUGGAUUGGUGCGCGUAUCAAAUGGACACCACGGGAUGCUAAGCAUGGAUUUGUCACACGUGGGCUCUGGACGUGGUCGAGACACCCAAACUUUUUUUGCGAACAGACCUUCUGGAGUACAUAUGCUGCAAAUGCCCUCAUCACAUUGUUCCCUUUGCUUGCACCCGAGUCACCAAACCUGCCCUUUCUCUCAACAACAUCCAUGAUGCCUCUGUGGCUGCUGAUGCCUGCUCUCAUAUUAUGUGUACUGUUCUUCUCUUCGACUUGCUUCACUGAAAGCAUUUCAUUGUCGAAGUAUCCUGAGGUGUACAGUGCCUACUGUGAGCACGUUGCAAUGUUCAUACCGCUACUGACACCCCUGUGGGGGCUGCUCUUGCAGCUCAGAGAGAAGAAAGUGCAGGUGGAUGUGAUUCUCUUUGGACAAGAUGAGGAUAGCAAGAAGAAGGAGUGA